ACCAGGUUAGGCCAGCAGGUGACUGAGGCUGUCACGGUCCAGAUCGGCCACGCAGAGACCCUCCUGCCACUGAUCACCCUGCUGGGUUUCUUCAAGGACAGCGAUGCCCCGACAUCGACCAACUACGCCACGCAGACCCAACGCUCCUUCCGCACCAGCCUCAUGUUGCCCUACACAGCCAACUUACUCCUGGUGCUGUACGACUGUGGAGGAGGCGACAUCAGACUGCAGCCGCUGCUCAACGAGAAGCCUGUGACUUUCCCCGGUCUGGCUGAUCAGAAGGCCUCCAUGCCGCUCUAUCAGGAUGUGAAAAAGCACUACAGGGACCUGCUUCAAGGCUGCGACUUUGAGACUGAAUGUCAGCUUUUCAAGCAUCCUGCUUAAGUUUAGACGGACUGACUAGAGUCUGGAAAGGCAGGAAAUAUAUUUGCUUAAUUGCGUUUUAUUUUGGAAAAAGGAGUGAGGAUAAUGUUUCUAAUGGAAAUAAUUUAGUCUGAAUGCUUCUGCCAAAGUACUCAUGAGCAUAUCACUGUUUGACCUUUUUCCCCCCUAAGUGAAGCAAUAACGAAGCCUUUCCGCUUCUUUCGUCUUGUGCCUUAAAAAUGUCAGAUCUGGUGUUUCUGGAGCACAGUGAUACCAGCCAGAGGUCCCUUUGCCACCACAGUAUUACAACUGCUAUACUGCUUAUUUUUGCAAAGCUUCUUCCCAUUACCGCACAGCAUUAAAGAAUUUAUUUUUGCAGUGUA